AUGAUGGGUUCCGAGGAAGAUCCCAAGGAUGGGAAUGCCGUUGCAGGCGCCGUGUUCGGUGCCGUGUUCAUCUACAUCGGCUUCUUUGUCUUCUGUGGAUUCCAAGCCCUUCUUCACUACCGCGAAAGCCGUCGAGGCGCCAUCGCCUUAUCAUGA